GGUGGCUAGCAACUCAGCGUUUUCCAAGUUAUAAGAAGUAGACGCAUAUGAGACACUUGCUGAUUUAAGGAUUACUGCCACUAAUAGAAUGCGAGAUAAUUAUAUAGCUAGAACUCUAUGAAAAGGACAGUCACAGAGAGAGAAAGCUAACAGUAGUACUCGCAUCGUUAGCAUAGGUGGGUGGCUGCUUUGUUUGCUGCAGUGCUGUAAACGUCAGAAGCUGGCCUUUUUGAUAAAGCACCGUAUAUGGAUCCCCACAUCAGUGUUAAAGACGAACCCACUAGUGAUGAUGAAGUUACACACAGCUGGUGCAACCCUGUCCAGCCCUCACAAAUGGACUACAGUCAUCAAGGUGCUGUUGACAAGUCUGAGUUGGAACCAGAUGACCUUCCAGGCCUCAGUGAGGCAAGAGAACCAACAUUCAAUGUGAUUGUCAAAGAGGAGGAGGAAGAGGAGGAGGAGGAGGAGGAUGACAUGGUUGACCGAGGUUCAGACUCAGACUACACACCAAGUCCCACUGUGGUAGUGAAGGUGGGAGAACCCAAACCACCAACGAAUAAGAACAAGAACACAGUAAAGAAACUUCACCAGUGCCCCGACUGUGGCAAAACCUUUGAGAGGCUGUCGCGUCUGAAGAGGCACGAGCCGUCACACUUGAGGAAGAGCAAGCACCCGUGCCCUGACUGCCACCAGUCUUUUCGUAGCCUCUCAGACCUGAAGAAACACAGGGCAACACACAAGAGCACCGAGAAGCUGACUCACCAGUGUCCACAAUGUGGCAAGACGUUUGAGAAGCUAUCGCGCCUCAGAAGGCACCAGCCCGUACACCAGAGGAGAAAGAGGAUGGACCACCCGUGUCCUAAAUGUGGCAAGACCUUCAAGAAGUUAUCCGGCCUGGUUCGGCACGAGCGAGGACACACCGGAGAGAAACCGUUCCCCUGCUCCCAGUGCGGGAAGAGCUUUGCCGACGACCGUCACCGGAAAGUCCACGAGCUGGCGCACCAAGGGAAGUUGGAGAGACCCCACCGUUGCGCUGACUGCGGGAUCUGCUUCCCCAAACCGUCCGAGCUUCGACGGCAUCAACGCGCGCACACGGGAGAGAAACCUCACUGCUGCCCCGACUGUGGGAAGACCUAUUCCCGGUCAGAGACUCUCAAGAGGCACCUUCUCAUCCACACGGGGGAGAGACCUCACCUCUGCACGGAUUGUGGGAAAAGCUUCAUCGACUCGCAGCAGUUGAAAUCCCACCAGCGGAUUCACACAGGAGAGAAACCAUCCCACUGCCCCGUGGUGCGGGAAGGGUUUCUCACAGAGGGGUAA